AUGCUCCGCGUCCGUCCGUUCCAUGUCGCCCGCCGACCACUCACGCUGCUCUACAGCAUACCUUCGAGUUGUCGAUACUACGCCUCACCGUCCCAGUCUCAAUCCCAAUGUUGCUCGAAGACCGCGCAACAGAAAGGCAACGCUAGCGAGAAAUCUGUGCUGACAGCCUCGUUCUGGUCUUCGCGAGAGGGCUGGAAGCGCGCGACAGUCAACACACUCCGGUGUCUGGUGGGAUGCACGCUCGGCGACUUUUCGGCGCUGUGGGUGUUGCAGAGUCUCUAUGGGGACUGGGGGAUGGGUGCGAUUAUGGGUGUAUCCAUGGCGAGUGGAAUCACCACCUCGAUUCUACUGGAGACGAUUCUGCUGCGGCUGGGCAAGGAUGGAUUGCCCUGGGGCAUGGCGUUCCGGACAGCCACUGGGAUGAGUCUCGUUUCGAUGGUGGCCAUGGAGACGGUGCAGAAUCUGGUUGAUUUCCAUCUCACUGGCGGUGUGGUUGUGCUGGACGACCCGCGAUUCUGGGCUGCUGCGCUGGUGUCGAUGGGGGCUGGGUUUCUGGCACCUAUGCCGUAUAAUUAUUGGCGCUUGGUCAAGCAUGGGAAGAGCUGUCAUUGA